AUGGAGAGAGAGAGCGAGAGCAAGACUAGGGACAUCACCCAGAAAGGAUAUGAAAAGAAAAGGUCAAAGCUCCUGUCUCCUUACAUCCCACAGACACAAGAAACAGAUUCAGCAGUACAGAAAGAACACAGGAACCAGACACCUGCUCCAGCUGCAGCUCAAACUUCCGCUCCUUCUAAGUACCACCGAACCCGAUCUGGGGGAGCCAGGGAUGAACGAUACCGAUCAGACAUCCACACAGAAGCCGUUCAAGCCGCACUUGCGAAGCAUAAAGAACAGAAAAUGGCUCUGCCCAUGCCGACCAAAAGGCGGUCCACGUUUGUCCAGUCUCCCGCAGAUGCCUGCACGCCUCCUGACACGUCUUCGGCCUCUGAGGAUGAGGGCUCUCUGAGACGCCAAGCCGCGCUCUCUGCUGCCUUGCAGCAGAGCUUACAGAACGCUGAGUCCUGGAUCAACCGUUCAAUUCAGGGAUCGUCCACUUCUUCCUCCGCAUCUUCUACGCUGUCCCACGGAGAGGUCAAAGGAACCAGUGGGUCUCUAGCAGAUGUAUUUGCCAAUACUCGAAUAGAGAAUUUCUCUGCUCCCCCUGAUGUCACUACAACUACCUCUUCCUCCUCCUCCUCUUCCUCGAUACGCCCAGCAAACAUUGACCUGCCCCCUUCGGGAAUAGUCAAAGGCAUGCACAAAGGAUCCAACAGGUCCAGCCUCAUGGAUACAGCCGACGGUGUGCCUGUCAGUAGCAGAGUAUCCACAAAAAUCCAGCAGCUUCUCAACACUCUGAAACGACCCAAAAGGCCUCCCUUAAAGGAAUUUUUCGUGGAUGACUCUGAAGAAAUUGUGGAAGUACCUCAGCCAGACCCCAACCAGCCCAAGCCUGAGGGACGGCAGAUGACCCCCGUGAAGGGAGAGCCACUAGGAGUCAUCUGUAACUGGCCCCCUGCUCUGGAGUCUGCCCUGCAGCGCUGGGGCACCACGCAAGCCAAGUGCCCCUGUCUGACCGGGCUGGACGUGACGGGAAAACCCAUUUGCACUCUUACCUACGGAAAGUUAUGGAGCAGAAGCUUAAAGUUAGCUUACACGCUGCUUAAUAAACUGGGGACCAAAAAUGAACCUGUGCUGAAACCUGGAGACAGGGUCGCCCUGGUGUACCCCAACAACGAUCCAGUCAUGUUUAUGGUGGCUUUUUAUGGCUGCCUCCUGGCGGAAGUGAUCCCAGUGCCUAUCGAGGUACCUCUUACCAGAAAGGACGCUGGAGGUCAGCAGAUUGGCUUCUUGCUGGGAAGCUGUGGUGUUGCCUUAGCUCUUACCAGUGAGGUUUGUCUGAAAGGUCUGCCAAAAACCCAGAAUGGAGAAAUUGUUCAGUUCAAAGGUUGGCCUCGGCUCAAAUGGGUUGUCACAGAUUCCAAGUACCUUUCAAAGCCACCUAAGGACUGGCAGCCCCACAUCUUACCUGCUGGCACCGAGCCGGCGUAUAUCGAGUAUAAAACAAGCAAAGAUGGGAGUGUAAUGGGCGUUACAGUGUCCCGGCUGGCGAUGCUGUCUCACUGCCAAGCUCUGUCCCAGGCCUGCAAUUAUUCUGAAGGGGAAACAGUAGUAAACGUUUUAGACUUCAAGAAGGACACUGGCCUGUGGCACGGCAUGUUUGCGACUAUAAUGAACAAGCUGCACACCGUCAGUGUCCCCUACUCUGUCAUGAAGACCUGUCCUCUCUCCUGGGUCCAGCGAGUACAUACCCAUAAAGCCAAGGUGGCGUUGGUGAAAUGCCGAGACUUGCACUGGGCUAUGAUGGCGCAUCGAGACCAAAGAGACGUGAGCCUGAGUUCCCUCCGGAUGCUAAUUGUGACUGAUGGGGCUAAUCCCUGGUCUGUGUCGUCCUGUGAUGCCUUCCUGAGUCUGUUCCAAAGCCAUGGGCUGAAGCCCGAGGCCAUCUGUCCCUGUGCUACAUCGGCCGAAGCCAUGACGGUGGCCAUCCGCAGGCCUGGAGUUCCAGGGGCCCCUUUGCCGGGAAGAGCCAUUCUCUCGAUGAAUGGUUUGAGCUAUGGGGUUAUACGGGUCAAUACUGAAGAUAAAAAUUCAGCGCUGACGGUCCAGGAUGUGGGACACGUCAUGCCUGGGGGCAUGAUGUGCAUCGUGAAGCCAGAUGGGCCCCCCCAACUCUGCAAGACGGAUGAGAUUGGAGAAAUCUGUGUUAGCUCCAGGACGGGGGGCAUGAUGUACUUUGGACUUGCUGGUGUGACCAAAAAUACGUUCGAGGUGAUCCCAGUGAAUUCCUCGGGCUCCCCUGUUGGGGAGGUGCCAUUCAUCCGGUCAGGAUUACUGGGGUUCGUUGGGCCAGGCAGUUUGGUGUUUGUGGUUGGAAAGAUGGAUGGAUUGCUCAUGAUCAGUGGUCGCAGGCACAAUGCUGAUGAUAUUGUUGCAACUGGAUUGGCUGUUGAAUCCAUCAAGACUGUUUACAGGGGAAGAAUUGCUGUGUUUUCUGUGUCUGUGUUUUAUGAUGAGCGCAUUGUGGUGGUGGCCGAGCAAAGACCCGAUGCUUCCGAGGAAGACAGUUUCCAGUGGAUGAGCCGGGUGCUGCAGGCAAUUGACAGCAUUCAUCAAGUCGGGGUAUAUUGUCUUGCUCUGGUGCCUGCCAAUACGUUGCCCAAAACGCCCCUCGGGGGGAUUCAUAUCUCUCAGACAAAGCAGCUCUUCCUGGAGGGGUCUCUGCACCCUUGCAAUAUCCUCAUGUGCCCACACACCUGCGUGACGAACUUGCCGAAACCCCGGCAAAAGCAACCAGGUGUGGGCCCGGCCUCUGUGCUGGUGGGCAACCUGGUCGCCGGGAAGCGCAUUGCGCAGGCCGCAGGCAGGGAUCUUGGGCAGAUUGAAGAGAACGACUUGGUGAGGAAGCACCAGUUUCUGGCGGAGAUUCUGCAGUGGCGAGCCCAGGCAACUCCGGACCACGUCCUCUUCAUGCUGUUGAACGCCAAGGGAACCACCGUGAGCACAGCCAGCUGCCUUCAGCUUCACAAGCGAGCGGAGAAGAUCGCGGCCCUUCUUGGGGAUAAGGGUCAUCUAAAUGCAGGCGACAACGUAGUGUUGCUCUAUCCACCUGGCAUCGAGUUAAUUGCUGCCUUCUACGGCUGCCUGUAUGCAGGCUGCAUCCCUGUGACUGUCCGGCCUCCCCACGCACAGAACCUUACGGCCACCCUGCCCACUGUCCGGAUGAUUGUUGACGUCAGCAAAGCAGCCUGUAUUCUCACCAGUCAGGCCCUCCUGCGGCUCCUGAGGUCCCGAGAGGCAGCGGCCGCCGUGGACGUGAAAACCUGGCCAACCAUCAUCGACACAGAUGAUCUGCCCAGGAAAAGGUUACCUCAGCUGUAUAAGCCUCCCACUCCCGAGAUGCUGGCCUAUCUGGACUUCAGUGUCUCCACAACUGGCAUGCUUACAGGCGUGAAGAUGUCCCACUCGGCAGUGAACGCGCUCUGCCGGGCCAUCAAGCUCCAGUGCGAGCUGUACUCCUCGCGGCAGAUCGCCAUCUGCCUCGACCCCUACUGUGGACUUGGCUUUGCGCUCUGGUGUCUCUGCAGUGUCUACUCCGGCCACCAGUCCAUCCUGAUCCCCCCGAUGGAGCUGGAGAACAACCUAUUUCUCUGGCUCUCCACCGUCAACCAGUACAAGAUUAGGGACACCUUCUGCUCCUACUCCGUCAUGGAGCUCUGCACAAAAGGUCUCGGCAACCAAGUGGAGGUGCUCAAGACCAGAGGCAUCAGCCUGUCCUGCAUCCGGACCUGCGUGGUGGUGGCGGAGGAGCGGCCGCGCGUUGCCCUGCAGCAGUCCUUCUCCAAGCUCUUCAAGGACCUGGGUCUGUCCCCGAGGGCCGUCAGCACCACAUUCGGGUCCAGAGUCAACGUGGCCGUGUGCUUACAGGGGACCUCAGGGCCUGACCCGACGACCGUGUACGUGGAUCUGAAAUCACUCAGGCACGACAGGGUUCGUCUUGUGGAACGAGGUGCCCCCCAGAGUCUGCUCCUCUCAGAGUCUGGAAAGAUUUUACCCGGAGUGAAAGUGGUGAUUGUGAAUCCUGAGACCAAAGGACCUGUUGGCGACUCUCACCUGGGAGAGAUCUGGGUGAACAGCCCCCACACGGCCAGCGGCUAUUACACGAUCUAUGACAGCGAGACCCUCCAGGCCGAUCAUUUCAACACUCGCCUCAGCUUUGGGGACGCGGCUCAGACCCUCUGGGCCCGGACGGGGUACCUGGGCUUUGUCCGCCGGACCGAGCUCACUGCAGCCACCGGAGAGCGCCACGAUGCCUUGUAUGUGGUGGGGGCACUGGAUGAAACGCUGGAACUGCGAGGCCUGCGAUACCACCCCAUUGACAUCGAGACCUCUGUGUCUCGGGUCCACCGGAGCAUCGCUGAAUGCGCUGUUUUCACGUGGACCAACUUGCUCGUGGUGGUCGUGGAACUGUGCGGCUCUGAGCAGGAAGCCCUGGACCUGGUUCCUCUUGUGACCAACGUGGUCCUGGAAGAGCAUUACCUCAUCGUGGGUGUGGUGGUGGUGGUGGACCCCGGCGUUAUCCCGAUCAACUCCAGAGGAGAGAAGCAGAGGAUGCACCUACGGGACAGCUUCCUGGCGGACCAGCUCGACCCCAUCUACGUGGCUUACAACAUGUAGCCGGCCUCGGGGGUCGGGUGGGGGUGGGCAGGGGCCAGCUCCAAAGAGCCACAAGGACCGCAGACCCGUGACCGGGCACGCGGGUGUUGGAUGGAUGUGAAACACACCGAGAUGGCCACUGCGUUCCCUUCAUCUCGACCCGCUGUCGCCUAGCCACAGGGCAGCGGCAGGUCUCUGGGGGCAAAUGAGGAAAAGGAAGACCCUCCCCGGCUUGUUGUACGUGAGCUUUGACGUAGCGGGAGCAGCACGUCACUAGAGCAAUUUACAUGCAUGUGGCAUUGUUCCCAUCUGUUGUACAAUACCUGUCUUUUUAUCGAACGCUGUUUUAGAAUUUUGCCAGGGGUUUAUUGACGUCCCAUGAAGGGGCGCUCCGCGUCUCACCGCUGCCCUGCUCCUGUACUGUAUUUUUGCCAAUUUACUGUAGCUAGGCACUCUGCAGGUAUUGUUCACAUGGAACUACUCAGCUCCCUGUCCGUUGACCCCAGAGCAAAGCCCAUAACCCAUUGACCCUGAGAAUGAUGGCAGGAGGCAGCUGUGCUCGACCAGUAUUCUAACUUGUAAAUAGUGCUCCUCCCUCAGCUGCAGGGUGGGGGCCUUGGCAGGGUGAUUCAAACCAGCCAGAGCAGAAGCAUCUCUGCUUGGGGAGCACGUCUGGGUUCUCUGUGUAGAAGCCUCUGGAUGCGGUAGCCAGCAGGGGCAGGCUGUCUGCAGGGUCGCCCCCGCACAUUGUUCGCUGUCUCCGUUGGCCAGCCUGAGGGCCUUUGUUUGUUUUUAAAAGCGGGCAGCCCCCAGAUUCAGCUGAAGCGUUCAGAAUCCAGCCUAUUCCUAUCUGAGCUGAAACAUCUCAGUCUAAACGUUAAAAAUGUUCAGAAGCAGCUGAGGCCCCAUAGCUCUGCCUCUGUCCUAAGGAACCACUCUUUAACUUGCCGUGGCCCCAGUUUUUAAACUGCCUUCCCAGCCCCAGUGACUGCUGAAGAAUUUAGAAUUCUCCCUUUUCCCGGGACCCUCGUAAACCCCAUCUGCUGUUUAGAUGUGUGGCUUCUCUUUGCUGCAAGCGGAAGCUGCCCUCUGUUCUUCCAGUUCCUGAGGGCAGGGAUGGUUUUUUGGUUUUUUGUUUGUUUGUUUUCAAAACAAGGAAAGAAUGAUAGCCGGGAAGGCAGUGGGGUCAAUAGUCACACAAGGCUGUCAGGCCACAUCACUAUGAAACUCCACACUGACCAGUUCUGUUGCCAAGGUAGCCAGGCUUGGCUAAACAGGGAAGGCGGAUGGAUGCAAGAAACUCUUGAAAUGACUGUGGUGCCCAGGCCAAACGGACUGAGUGUGGGGUCGAGUGUGACCCCCGCUCAGCUUCCUUCCUUUGGUCUGAAACUUCACGUAUUUGAAUAGAGUUGAAUUUUAUUAUUUUUUUCUUACAGAAAUAUUUUUUAAAACUUGAAAAGAAAAAAAACUCAGAAGUGAACAGAGUGCACCUGUUAAAUCGGAAUGGGCCUCUUCGAGACCCAUUCUGGUCUACUGUGUAAAUAUUUAUUUAGGCUAUUUUAAUAAUACAUAUUAUUUACCCCGCUGUAACAUCAUGUAAACUAAAUAUGUUUUUAAACGCUUUUUAAGACUUGUAAUUACCCUGGAAAUCAGGUUUCUAAUGCAAAACCCAGUCCUUUCCCCAGGGCAGCCCUCGAGGUGGGGGGACAAGAUGGUGGGGCUACCCUAACCCCACCCCAUGACUCUCAGCCCCUCUUGGGCUCCCGUUUUCAUAACCCUGUGCUCCUCCCAACUCAUUGCCCACAGAGGGGGUGCUCAAGGCAUUCUCCAGUUCCCCAACUCUUUUUCAGCAUCUCGGGGAGUUUGUUUACACGUGGUUAGGCGGGAGGGAGGUUUGCAGCUGCCCAGGGAAAGCAAGCUUAUAUCCGAGCCAGCCGAAAAGCCAGUGACCAGCAGCGCAGUGACAGUGGUUGCUGCGGAGAGAGCCAAGCCUGCUGAUUAGGAGAGUGAUUUUCUUGAAAUCACUUUUCAUGGUUUUGUAGACAAAGCAGUGGAUCCUGGGGGGUCGUUAAGUCGUUCCAUUACCAUAACCUGUGAUCUAAGAAGUAAACGCAGACAGUCUCUCCCACACUAACCAUCUGGCUUGCCUUGAUCAUUCUGACACACAGGCAUGAGGGUGCCCACGUUGCUGGACAGGCAGGCGAGGUGAGCCACAGCUCACCGUUUUAUCAAGAGGAACCAGUGACCUUGAUUUUCGCUGAUUGUCCUUAACCGAGUCUAUCACAAAUGCGCUCAUUCAGCAUGAAGCCUUUUUUCUCUCUCUCAGAUCACCAAGGGUUUUACAUGGUUUCCUUCCAUGUGAGGCUUCGAAAUUUGCAGCAUUUUUUACUCUUCACAGCCCUUCUCCGUGGGGGUGGCUAGUUGCCAGCAGCCAAGUGUGGCCCGUGCAGAUCUACACUCUUUUCUUCAAAUAAGAUGCUUCAUUCUUCGCAGGUGUGGCCACCUCCUGGUGACCUGGGGCUGCUAAUAUUGUGUUGUCAUUCCCUGGACCUCUGAUUUUUUCCUCCCCCCUCCCUGCCUGUGGCUGCUUUAUCAUCCUUUUCACAUUCCCCCAGGCCAGAGUAUGCUGUGAGACAGGGAGAGGUGCUCUGCCCUUGGACUUGAGCAGCAACUCUGGUGGAGUCUCCUUUGAGGGGGGAGGCCAAGUGCAGAUUGAAUGCGUGGUCUGUGGAGGCUGAGAGGGGGUGAGAAAACUGCCCCUGGCUGGCACAGGGUGCUCUCCACAUUCAGUAAGUAGCAGCAGCUCUGUGACAGCUGACUCCUGGUGCUGGCCCAGAAAGCCAUUGUUGACAAAAGCCAGGGUGGCCGAGUCUUGGGGGCACAUUCUGCCUGGGUUCUUGGGCCUCCAGAAAAGAAAAUGAAUAGCAAAUCCCUUUGCUCAGGGAAAUCAGUUGGUCUGGAAGUUUCUCCAAGUCUCCAUUGCUCCAUAGAAGUAGUAGGGUGGGAUUGCUACCUAGGAGAGAGGGGAGCCCCGGGGAGGUCGUGGAGCUGGGCAAGUUCCAUCAGGUGCCCCCGUGGGACCAGCCGGCUGGUUGGCAUCAGCCUGUCCACAGGCGAUCUGCUUACUGCCUGCCCCAUAAAGGGUCCGGUUCUCCCCAGCACCGAGUCCUUUCCUUAGUUCAACACUGCGUUGCCUCAGACUGUUUAGGGGCCAUUGCUCAUCUCCUCUGUCUGACAGAGUCCCUGCGAAUUGCAGUGGCCUCAGGAGCCGGGGGUUUGGGUCUGCCUGCUCAGUGGUCCUGUGAGUGUGCCUCCAUACAUUCAUUCAUUUAACAGCUUUUUUGUUAAAUCCACAAAGGGCCAGAGACCUUAGGUAUUUCGUGUCAAAGUGACUGGCCCAGGCAUGGUGCUCAAUAUCUUGGCCAAAUAAACUACUUUCCUUGAAAAUCCAGGAAUCUUUUCAGAGUCAAGCAAUGAAGAGUUAACCACCUCACCCUCAAGACCCCCGCAGGACCUACGCCUAAGUGUUUUUGCUGUUGCUUUGCUGUGGGAGCCAGAAGCUGCAGGACUCCAAGGACACAGUCGGCCUUUUCUUUGUCAUUCACACGACAUUUCUGGUUUAGGUAGAGGAGACGGGUCACAUGAUGCAUUCAGAGGAAGAAGUUGUAAAGAUUUAACAAUAAUUUUUUAGUCCUAAAUGCUGUUUUGUUUACUCUCUGUCAAGAUAUUUACCCGUGUCAAAUUCAAACUAUAGUACUGUGUAAUUAUGUAUAAAGUUUUUUUUAUUUAUUUGAAAUUAGACUAGCUAUACAUUUUUAAAUUUAACAUCUGGCUGGACAGUGUUCUAUUAACUCAUUGAAUGUGUUUUCUUUGUCUUGUGUUAAUAAAUAUUGAUGCCUGA